GUGACUGUACCAACAGGUCGCAAAGCAUAUUCUGCCGAUUCUAACAGCAAUAGUUUUCGAAAAUCAACAUUUUAUAUUGUAGGAUUAACGCCAUUAGUAUGAAGUGUUGUGAUUUCCAAAAAAUAAAAUGCCCUGUUAUGAAAAAGUGCUGUUUUUGUGUACCUAUUAGAAAGGGUGUCAUUAUUUUUGGAUACGUUAAUUUGGUCAUCUCCCUGCUUUCGGUGCCUUUCCUUCUUUUCCUCGUUGUGGACGGUAUAACGAGUGCGAGGGAGACAGAAGACGAGCAGAAACCCCCGGAACAUGUGCUCCAUAUACCGUUGACGAUUGCGUUUGUCGCGAUUGAUGUUAUCAUAACAAUUGUGCUGUUGAUUGGCGCUCAUAAGAAAAAGCGUACACUGCUCCAAAUAUAUUUUUACUUCGGUACGCUGUUUCAAAUUCUGACACUCUGUGUGGACCUCAUAUACUUUGACUUUAGAGAAUACAUGGAGAAUACAGUAUACUUCAUCUUCUUUGGUUUAAACAUAUACCUGUUGUUCCUGGUGUACAGCACGAUACAGGUGAUGAAGGAGAACAGAGAAGUUCAGUACGUCACAUACCGAGAGCGAUAGGUGGCGCAUCCUGCAUC